AUGGUGGCACUCCUUGACGGGCGCUUCUCCGCUGCGACUCGGGGCGGGGAGGAGGGGCUCGAACCCGCCGCGCGGGCUGGGCGACGAUGGAAGAGGGUGCCCGUAUGUCUGCUGCCCGUCUUGCUUUCUGUGAGCCUCUGCCUCGCGGCGUUGGGCGCUCUCAGCGAGGUCGGUCUGUUUUUUGAGAGUGGGUACCGGGGGGCGCUGCAGAUGCACAUUGAAAACUACAAAUGGAAAUUCACUGGCGACGCCUGCUACGUGGGCGCUGGAGGCAACCUCGUCGUGGAUCCCGAGCUCGGCGCGGACUACAUGAAGGCUCAAGUCCUGCGAACCGACCAAACGGGGCCGCUCCUCUGCGCCUGGCUAGACAACCUCUUCAGGCAGCACCAGAUGCGCCGCGUCGCGUGGGCGAAGGCCCAUCAGGCUGCCAAAGGGCGUGUGUCGAUGCUGAACGUGGUGGAGAAGCUUAAAAGCACGGUCACCAGGUUUCCGCCUUUCCGCGUGAUCGUGACGUCCAGGUACUUGGAUCUGUGGCACGACAAUCGCUUGGGCAACGCGAUGCCGUGGAUGAUGGCGACGUUCAAGUAUGUGGCGCCUAAGAACGGCUACGGUCUCUUCAGCGAGCUGGAAUCAGUUUUUUCCGCGGACCCAAUGUCCUACAGCAGCACCGACGUGUUCCUCCUCCUCGCGCCCGCGGCAAAUUUCCACACAGCCGUCCAGCAGCAGAGCGCAAGCAAGCGCACCGUCCUCUCCGGCAUCAUCGGAGGCAUCGGCGCCGGCGGGAAAGUCGCGAAGCUCUCGACACACCUUGAGCGAGGGGAUUUAGUCGACAUCGCCAACCUGCUCUACGCCAUCGCCAAAGGAGUCUUCGUCAUCAACGCCUCGCUCAACGACUUCUGGCUCGACGGCGCCACCUGCUACUUCCGCUCGCGCUUCCGGGUGCGGAGUGUUAUCAACGGGCUGAGUUUGUGCCAGUUUCUGGCGGGGCAGGCGGCGAACGACCCGUACGGGGCGUUUCGGGCGCACAUGAUGCAGUCUGUCAAGCUGACGGUUACAGGCAUCGACUUCUUCAAUGGGGAGGCGCCGGCACUGAGUUACGUCGUCACCGAGGGCGUGAUCUUUGCAGACACGAACAUCCCCGGCACACUGGUUCUCGACAACGACCCGCAAAUCGUGCCCCUGUACAUCCGCACGACGCGCAUGGCGAGAAAGGUGCGAAUCGCCAAAGUGGCAUUCGAUGUUCUCGUCUUCCUGAAGCGAAUUGCUGCCACCCUCGCUAACGAAGAAGCCAAGCAAAAUUGA